AUGUGAAAUAUUUUUGGUUUGUAAUACCAGAAUAAACUAAAAGAAAUUACAGAUAAUCUACAUUUAGAAAAAAAUUUAUGAUAAACUAUAAAAAAAAAAACAACAUUUAAUGUAUUUAAAGAUGCUCAUGUAAUGACAUGCAGUCAUGUAAGAAGUAAAGAGAGUAUCUCACAAGGUGCUGAUCAACCAAUCAGAAGCAAAGUCUGCUUCUGAGCCAGAAGUCCGUAAUGAUCCGACUGGGCCCAACUUUUUUGUUCUCUGUCUGCUGGUCAGUUUGUUGUUGACAUUUUCUCCUUUCCUCUAUUCUUUUUUUCUCUUUGUGUUUAUUUGUUCACUGUAUUUCACAUUUUAUUGAAAUCAUUUCAUAUUUAAUUGCAGCACAUUUGGCCUAGAAUAGUAUUUUGCUGGCCAUUGGAAGUAACACUGAAGUGGGAAAACUGCAUAUGGGAACUGGAAAAGUGAAUGUUGCCCUAAUGCUAAACGCUAAAUGUAUGUUCUGGAGGAGCAUUUGCUGUUUCAGGGGAUGUUUUUGCUUAUUCCAUAAUUCCAGGCAAAUUUCCACACUUAUGAGGCAUCACAGCAAGAGACUGCAAAAAAUAUGCUGAUCUUUGUAUGAAAUAUUUGGGUGAAAAGGACACAAGCUAUGAGUGAUGUUUCAAACAGGAAAUAAUUUCUGCCGCUUUCAAACAAAAAAACGGAAGCUAAAGUUAUAGUUGCAAAAGUCUUUUUUUAAAUUCUUUAUUACUUAAAGCAUGCUGAAAAUCUUCUCAGAGGACCUCCUGUCAUAUGUUUCUGGGUUUUUUUUUCUGCUGAUGAAAAAACAACUUCCCUUUUCUCUCCUCUGAGGAGCUGCCUAUAAUCGUCUUACAAGAGGAAAAAACUCUACAGGCGCAGAGACUCGGUGAAGAUGAAGAUUCUCUUUAUGUUGUUCUGCCUUUUGCAAGAGAACUGCCUCCUAAAAGCACAGCCGAGGACUGAGGAGGUUCAGCUCAUUGUGCUGAGACUCGUGUUUCCUCCGUUUUACAACGGCUACAACAAGUCCUGCUGCAAACUGUAUCCUGGCCAAUGCUUCAAAGUGCUGGACAGUGCGGGGUACACCUGUGAUUCAUUGAGGGGAAGAGUCACCACAGCGGAGCAAGACGGCUGGAUCGAGUUCAAGAUAUCAGAUGUGCAGGUCGAAGAUGCGGGUUAUUACAGAUGCGCCGUUCUGGGAACCCAGACCCAAAUUUAUUCUGACUACUAUGUGGAGGUGUUUGAAACCUCUGAUCACUACAGCAAGUCUCAGUUUCCACUGACAACCGCAGCAGUCAGGGUCCCAAACAGCUUCACAACACUCCUGGCCUCCACUGUACUGGUCCCAGUACAGGACUUCAGAGACAAUGACAGAGCCUCCUGGAAUUUUAGCGUGCCGCUCUUUGUCACUGUGUCCAUAGCAGCAAUGAUGUCUGUUGCAUCUGUUGUUGUUGCUGUUUGCUGUAGAGUCAAAGCAAAACGCAAAAAGUCAAACGUACAUGGAGAAGCUCUGUGUGAGUCACAGAAACGAGACGCCCCGGAAAUGAGUGGAAUCGUCUAUGCAACGGUGGACUUCAAGCCUCGUCGGAAACCUGAGGCGGUGUAUGCAAACCUGGAAGAGCACAGAAAUGGAGAAAGCAGCUCUCAAGCAGACAGUGCUGGGACGGUGGAGUACUCCACGUUGGCAAUCCACCUGUGAUCUGAACCAUCUGAGGGUAUUUAUACCCCCAAACCAGGGGACCCAAAGUCCAGCCCUCUAGAGCUGCAGUCCUGCAACUUUUAUGUGCAUCUGCUCCAACACACCGGAAUCAAAUGAGUGGCUCGUUACCAGGUCUCUGCAGAGCUGAAUGAAACUUGGUGUGGGCAUUCAGCUGUCUGAUUUAGGCGUCUGAAAGUGGCCGGAUGGCAGGUGUGGAGGACUGGACUUUGGCACUGCUACCUUGAAUAGUUUCAUUUUUUUCACAUAACUACAAACUUCAAUGUGCUUUAUUAGGAUUGUGAUAGACCAACAGAAAGUAGUGCAUAAUUGCGAAGUGGAAGGUAGACAAUAACAAUUUUUUAAGACAUUUCUUAAAUUCAGAAUCUGAGCCGUGGUUUACGUUGAUAUUCUACCUCCCCAACUUAACGCUUCACACAACCAGCUUUUGCUGCAAUUAUCUCUGUAAAUCUUGGGGUGCCUCUUUAAUCGUUUGACUUUUAGUUAAGAUUGCAGUAAGUAACCAUUCAUUUUCAUUUUGCAGUCAUGCACUACUUUGUGUUGGUGUAUCAAAUAAAAUACCAGUGAAGCAUCUUGAAAUUUGCAAUGACAAAUAGACAAAAUGUGGAAAAGUUCAAGUGGUAUAAUUAAAGCAAUUUAAAGGCAAAUGGCAGCUUAUGGGUGAAAAUCCUGACAUAUUACAAAAGACACGUUUUCCACCCCUUCAUGAAGUUGGAGUUAUUAAACAAAAAAUAAAGGUUCCUCUGUGAGUUACCAGUUGAACUGCAGCAUUUGAUUUCUUAACUUUCCUUUUAAAUGGUUUAAUUAUGUUGACAUGCUUUUAUGUAAAUCUACAGCACAACAUCUAAGUAUUAAACUCUUUUGUUACUAAGAAUAAAAAAAGUGGUUUUCUGUGAUUAUUAUGGUUUCCAAAAGUUUAUUGGUAUUUUACAGUAAAAGUCCAUAUUUCACAUGGAAGCUAGAAAACAUUUCUUUUUUAAAAGAACGAAACCGGAUUCUCCCAGCAUGCUCCCAGUGCUCCCAGAACAUCAGCCGAGGCAUCUGCUCUUGCUUCGUCAUGUUGUCCGAUUCAAACAGUCAGCGGUAAAAGACGAUCCCACCUGUUGUCAAGCUGCAUGUGAGCCAUGCAGGGAGGGGUGUUAGGGGGGGCCUCUGUCUGCCUAAUUUCAACUUCUUGGCUAAGCAGAAAAAUGUUGCCCACCUGCACUCUGUCAGUCAAAGUUCAACAGACCACAGGGUCUCGCCAGCUGGAAGUGUAAAUACACUUUGCAUUUUAUUCCAGGGGGGUUUGAUGACCUAGAUCUUGCUGCUGGCUAGAUAUUCAGCCAUGCUGUCAGCACCUCAGUGGAUGGAGAGAGCUGCUCUCCAUGUUUAUAUGUGGUGAGUUCAAUUUGUUGUGGUUGCCUGUGGGUGGAUGGUGUUGACUGUGUAUUCUACAGCAAACGAAGCUUCUCAGUGCUAGUUGGGUAUUCUUUUCUCCUGUAGGAUGAUUUCUCCUCCAGUCGUUUCUCCUCCAAGUCUCUAGCUCCAAUAUUUGCUUUCAUCUUGGCAGCAGAAAACUCAAUAUUUGAAAUCAGUUGUACAACUGUACAAUUCAACAACUAUGAAAAAGAAAUCUUAGCUGUCAGUUUUGUGCCUGUUUAAUUGCAUCACAAUUGAUAUCUUUUAGAUUCUUGCUAAAUUCUUUUCUAAAUUCCAUUCCUUAAAGGGAAUGGAAUUUAGAAAAGAA